AUAAAGGAUGUAAAAUAAUGAAUUUGGAAUUGAAUGUGACACACUAUCAAUAUUGAGACGAUAUACAAUGGCAAUCAAUUUAAAUCGACUCUAUAUUUAGUUCUGAAAAUCCAGUGAAUCCAAAUAUUUUGACCAUCACAACAACAAAGGUUUUAAAAUUAUACAUGUGAGUACUGUCACAAAAGUAAAAAGUCGAUAAGAGAGCUUUGCUCCCAUUAUGAUAAAAUGUACUUGUUUAAUCGACUUUUAAAAUUGCUUUUCCUAUAAUCACUAAUUCAUUCUGCGGUUUUCAAAAGAUGAUUUUGACAUCGAAUUGGAGUUGGAAAAUGUAGACAAAAUGAAGUCUCUGUUUUCCAAGAUGUGGCUUUGGUUAACGUUAAUUUCCGUAAACGGAGUAUCCAGUCUUGUUUACCAACAUACGACAUUUCAAAGACAUCUGAAUCCUGUGCAUGACAACAGGACUUCCCCCUUUUUCUCCAGUACAGUUUCCACUGCCCAAGCCUGUGUCAUCAAAUGCCACAACCACCCAUCAUGCGAAUCUUUGGUAUAUGACAAAGUUUCCUUUCAGUGCUCACUGUUUGAAGGAAAAAACAUUGGGGAGAAAAUCACUAGUAGCCAAGUAUAUAAUCAGGUCUCAACGAAAACUGUGCAUCAAAAUAUUAUUGCACACGCUAACAACUUGUGUAACGGAGACAGUCCUGGAUAUUUCUACAACGAGUCAGUUCCGGUUUGUUACAAAAUCGAUACUCAACCCAGGUUAAUGGAUGAUGCUGUGAUGUUUUGUGGAGAAUCGGGAGGACACCUUUUGCGAAUAGACACAGAAAUAAAACAGAAGUUUGUAGAGAGCGUAAACUUGGAAACAACAAGUAAUUUUCUUAUAAUUGGCUCCAUUUUCAAGUAUCGCAUUGAUGGAAAAAAGAAUAAUACAGUCUGGACAUUUUCAAACAACCAACCAAUAAAACGAUUUUAUUGGUAUCCAGGCGAGCCCGCCGACAAUAUUUCCUCUAUUGGACUGAGGGUUGGAUAUGGCGGAAAAUGGGACGAUGUUCAACCCAGUGUUCUUCAUGGCUGUAUUUGUGAAAAGGAUAUUAAAUUUAAUUAACCAUUAUAAUCGUCGUGUAAAUUUGUAAAAUUAAUAUAUGUCAGAGAUUUCUUUAGUUAAGCCCCUUUCACAAUUGGCGAACGAGCACUUUACAACACUUUGCGAUCGAAAUUGAGCUCUCUAGAUCUCAUACGUUGCGCGAGCUCUCGCGUACGUUGCACGAGUUUUUUAAUUCGUUGCAGGAGUUUUAGUGCUCGCAUUAGGUCUCCUCAAAAUAGUGGUCAUACAUACUAUUCAGACGUAAUAGAAUGCGAUUCAAAUCAUCGCAGUGCAACGCACGAGCAUUACUACGAACGUUUUACAAAGCUUUGUGUACUUGCAAGAGUGAUGCACGAUUUUUAAGGUCGUAAGAUGAAAUGCUCCUGUGUAUGAGUCUGUUUUGCGACCAUGAGCCACUAUUGCUCAAUUAGUUUCAUGUAGUAAUGCAACGUUUUACUAUCAUUGGACGACUUGUACAAUGCAUAAGCAUCUCUGUCUCAGACCAUAAUUGACAAUAUACAUUUAUUGCAUGAUUGUGAGGAAAUUACGAAGAUUUAUUUCUCUAAGAAAAUUCCUAUUUCCCAAGGGCUUCGCCCGACAAAAAAUUGUGUUUUUCUUGGGGAAUAAAUCUUCAUAUUCCCUGAACAUUAAUGCAAUAAACGGUUUAUUAUACCGAACAACAUAUGAUUAUAUAAAAUACGUAGAUUUCUAAAAAUUGUUUGACUUUUCAAAAGCAAUAACGUCAUGAUAGUUUAAUUUUCUAUAUUACUGUCUCGCUUUUCUUUCAUAAUUUCUAAACAUAGAUAGUAAGGUUGGCUUUGUGAUAUACAGAGAAUCAAAAUGAUUAAAUAUUUUUGAUUGCGUAGACCCUGAGGAAAAUAUAUAAGCGAGGUUAAACCGGAUGCUAUGGGUAAAAUUCAGCCUGCGCAUGAGCUAGUCUGGUUCCUGUGCGUAAUGGGUAGCUCAGGGAACCAGGCUAGCACACGUUUAUCUGAAGGGGAUCGGGAUUCCGUGCCAUAUGCACACAUAAGUUCAAAGGCGCUGUAAUUGUAAAGUUGUCGGUAAAUAGUACAGAAACAAAGUAUUCCUUUUAAAGAAAUGAUUGGCAUGUGAUAUGAACUAUCAGUAUUAUGAAAUAAGUUAAUGUUAUGCCAAAACUACAACAUGCAUCAACUAGCACAAUUUGCAAUGUUUUGUUGUUUUCCGAAUACACAUGUAAAUAUACUUUUAUAGUAGGCGAGGCUAGAGAACUUCUCAAUUAAAUUUCUGUAAGCAUAAGUAUGAUUGAAUAAUUAUGUCACUGUAUGAAAGUUUAAAUCUCAAGAAAAAUGCAUCAAAAUAUGAAAUUUUUCAUAUACACAAAGCUGUCCCUGCAUAGUUAACAAAGUAGUGCUAAUCGUAAUUUGUGCACAAAUAGUAGAAUUCACCGAAUGCCUGAUACUAUACAUGCAAACUUCAUUUAUAGAUAGAUCAUAAUUAUUUUAGAUGUAUGAAUCCUUUAAAAAAAGUCAGGGCUAUACAUACAUGUACAUACUUAACAACGUACAAAUUUAGUGGUUAAAAGCAGAGAGCUAGAGUCGGUGGAAUCUCUGAUAAUCUUAAGGCUUUCACGUUUUCGUUGAAAACACAUGCAAAUGGUCCACGUAUUGUAGUUCUUUGUUUAAAGGACAGCAACUUGUUCCGCUUAUAACUAUGUCUACUGAAGAGUGUCGGAAAUGAGCGGUAUAUAUACCCCCCUCUGACUCGCACGAGCUUUCGUACCAUGAGACGCAUGAUCACACGUCAAAUCGCAUUGGAGCACGUUCAAUCGUCCGAUCACCUGGUCUCUCGCGCAAUCCCAAUCCCAUCGAAUUAUUUUUCAACAGUCGCUUUAAUUGUACAAUAAUCGCAUAAAGACGCAAGAUAUAUCGCAAGAUUGAAUGCGUUUAAAUCGCACAACGCUAGCCUAGCUUAAAUUGUGCGAAUUUCGUACGAAUACUUUUUUAAAUGCGAUAACUUCGGCAACAGCUUACGAUUCAUCUCUAAUUUUUUCGGUCGCACGAAUUUUGUGUCGCUUCAGCUCGGGUGCCAAUUGUGAAAGGGACUUUAAAAUUUAAAAACAUAUUUUCUUUUAUGAUAUUUAAUAUAUUGUUUGUGUAAACCAAUCAAAUCUUAUGAUUUAUUUAUCAAGAUACAGUGUUCAUGCUAGAUAUAGCUACUUUAGAAAUAGACAAUCAGUUUGAAAAUAUAAAUCAUUGUUUUUGUGCAAUUUAUCAUUUUAGCAUUUUUAA